CUUGUCUCUUGUGAGGAUUUUCGCAAGACCAAACGACGUAUCACCGCCUAAGCUUGCUUUCUUUCUCUCAAACGUAACCUGCUCCGAGAAAAAAAAAGCCUCAGCUUAGUCCGCGAUGGGAGGAUGUUACGGAUAUCUCACCUGACAUCGAUUCUCUGCAACAUUUUUCUCUGACUGUUACACGCGACGAGUCAUUCUGAACGAAAACUUUUUUGCCGCCUUAAAUUUUUUAAACAUAAAAUCCGUUAAAACUCAGUCGCGAUGGUUUUGCAGUGGCGUUAUGACAUCAGCGUGGAUCGGACGUGUUUUAGUCGAAUAUCGCUGCACUUUAAUGCGUUUUGCGUGUGUUUGAUUUAAGGACAAAUCAUAGAAAGGUACUGUACGCAUUUUACUUGGUUCUUCUGUCUUUUUUCUUUAUUUAAAGAAAUAAUGCAGAAUAUCUAAGCAACAAGCGGCGCCAUACGAUGCGCACUUUCCCAAGGAAUAACGCAUCAUUAUUGCGCGGUGUUUUUGGAGAAAACCUCAACGUAUGCCCACAUCAACCUUACUUUGGAAGGGUCUAUGGCCGUUAUUGAGAUCGAAUCUGUUUUUGUUUACCUAUAAAUACUGUGAAAAGUGCCUUUUUCUGUUUCCCAACGAUACGGAGACAUGGCUUGCUUUCCAUGGCGGGUAUUUUGGAUAAUUCAAGCGCUUGUGGAUGUGACACUUUCGCAGGAAAUCUACGCUCCUCAUUCCAUCAGAAUUGAGGGGGAUUUGACCCUGGGUGGCCUUUUCCCGGUCCAUGCCCGCGGGGUCUCCGGGGAACCGUGUGGAGAUAUCAAGAAGGAGAACGGGAUACACCGGCUGGAGGCGAUGCUUUAUGCAUUGGACCAAAUCAACAGUAACGACGAGCUUUUGCCGAACAUCACUUUAGGCGCUCGGGUUUUAGACACAUGUUCGCGAGACACGUACGCGUUGGAGCAGUCGCUUACUUUUGUGCAGGCUCUCAUACAGAAAGACACGUCGGAUGUGAGGUGUACGAACGGAGAGCCCCCGGUGUUCGUCAAGCCCGAAAAGGUGAUCGGAGUCAUAGGGGCUUCGGCGAGUUCAGUGUCCAUCAUGGUCGCAAAUAUACUGCGACUGUUCCAGAUUCCGCAGAUCAGCUACGCCUCCACCGCUCCAGAGCUGAGCGAUGACCGCCGAUACGAUUUCUUCUCUCGCGUCGUACCUCCCGACUCCUUCCAGGCGCAAGCCAUGGUGGACAUAGUGAAACUGAUGGGGUGGAACUACGUGUCUACAGUGGCCUCGGAGGGAAGCUACGGCGAGAAAGGAGUCGAGGCCUUCAUGCAGAUUUCCAGAGAAGCGGGUGGAAUCUGCAUCGCUCAGUCCCUGAAGAUCCCUCACGACCACAAGCAGGCUGAUUUUGAAAAGAUUAUCCGACAGCUGCUGGAGACCCGUCAUGCCCGGGCGGUCAUUAUUUUCGCUUACGACGAAGACAUUCGGGGGAUCCUUAACGCUAGCAAAAGAGCCGAUCAAGUGGGCCAUUUCCUGUGGAUCGGCUCGGAUAGCUGGGGAGCCAAGAACAGCCCUAUUCAAGGCCUGGAGGACGCCGCCGUUGGUGCCGUCACCAUCCUGCCAAAAAGAGCCACUAUUGCUGAUUUCGACACCUACUUUAUUUCACGCACGCUGGAGAACAACAGAAGAAACGUCUGGUUCGCUGAGUUCUGGGAGGAGAACUUCAACUGCAAGCUCAUGAGUUCCUCCAAGAAAGAAGACACUAGCAGAAAGUGCACAGGGCAAGAGCGAAUAGGGACAGACUCCAGAUACGAACAAGAAGGGAAGGUGCAGUUUGUGAUAGACGCGGUGUAUGCCAUGGCUCAUGCCCUGCACAGCAUGCAGAAGGACCUUUGUCCUGACCAAUCGGGCAUUUGUGGGGAGAUGGAGCACGCUGGUGGCAAGAAGCUUCUCAAGUACAUCCGAUCGGUCAGCUUCAACGGGAGCGCCGGGACGUCCGUCACGUUCAAUCGGAACGGCGACGCACCGGGACGGUACGAUCUUUUCCAGUACCAGAUGAACAUCAACAGCACUCCCGGAUAUAAAGUUAUUGGACAGUGGACAGAAACUCUCCAACUCCACAUCGAUGAGAUGCAGUGGCCCAACGGUGAGAUGGAAAUACCCAGCUCGGUCUGCAGUCUGCCCUGUAAGACGGGUCAACGCAAGAAGAUGGUGAAAGGCAUGCCGUGCUGCUGGCACUGCGAGCCCUGCGACGGCUACCAGUACCAGUAUGACGAGACGUCCUGCAAACUCUGCACUUACAACAUGCGUCCGAACGGCAACCGGACAGGGUGCCAGCCCAUCCCGAUCGUCAAGCUGGAGUGGCAUUCACCCUGGGCUGUCAUUCCUGUCUUCCUCGCUAUGCUCGGCAUCAUUGCCACCAUCUUUGUUAUGGCGACGUUCAUCCGCUACAAUGACACCCCGAUCGUACGAGCGUCUGGGAGGGAGCUCAGCUACGUUCUGCUGACAGGGAUAUUCUUGUGUUAUAUCAUCACGUUUGUAAUGAUCGCCACUCCGGACAUUGCCGUUUGCUCCUUCAGACGAAUCUUCCUUGGGUUAGGAAUGUGUAUUAGCUAUGCUGCGCUCCUCACUAAGACCAAUCGAAUUUACCGCAUCUUCGAGGAAGGGAAGAAGUCGGUUUCUCCACCUAAACUGAUCAGCCCGACGUCUCAGUUAGCCAUCACCUCCAGCCUCAUCUCCGUCCAGCUCUUAGGGGUCCUCAUAUGGUUCGGAGUGGAUCCUCCGAACACCAUAAUCGAUUACGACGAGCAGAAGACCAUAAACCCCGACAAGGCCCGAGGGGUUCUCAAGUGUGACAUUACGGACCUUCAAAUCAUUUGCUCUCUAGGAUACAGCAUCUUGCUGAUGGUAACAUGUACGGUUUACGCCAUCAAGACGCGAGGCGUUCCGGAGAACUUCAACGAAGCCAAACCCAUCGGCUUCACCAUGUACACCACCUGCAUUGUGUGGCUCGCCUUCAUUCCCAUUUUCUUUGGGACGGCACAAUCUGCAGAAAAGGUAAUGCUUGUUUUACAACGUGCAUCGGUUUCAAGUACUUAUGUGCCGUUGUCACUCAUUGAUUUUACUCGAUAUCUCACAGAGAAUCGAAAAUCUGUUUGUUUUUUUUGUUUUUUCUUUUUUUCGCCCUCAUCUCAUUCUAAACACAAAAGCUCGCAUUUU